CAACCCUGGCAGGUUUUUAAAUGAAGGUUAAGCGUGUUAAGCAUUAUAGGAAAACAAUCGACAUUUAUGACGCACAUUUCGGUCUUGAGACUAAUCCACUUGAAAUAUUAGUAGAUAGCACUUUUGCACGUCAGGCUCUAGUACAACAACUCCACAUAGAACAACAAUUUCAAUGUACUUUAUCAUGUGAAUUUAGUCUUGUUACAACAUCUUGUGUUGUUUCAGAGUGUGAAAGUCUGGGUCAGUUAUUCCAUGGAGCACUAUGUAUCCUCAAGGGAUAUAAAGUUCUAAAAUGUACACACAAAAUCAAUCCCAAUAAUUCCGCAUUUUCUUGCAUAAAAAAGAGAAUUCGAACAGCUGGGUCCAAAAAGUGGUCUGAAUCAAACGCCAAGAAGCGUAGUUUGUUGUUUGCCGUGGCUACCAAUGAUGAAUCUCUUCAGCAACAUGCUAGAGCAAUUCCUGGAAUGCCAAUAUUCUACGUUGCACACAGACGGAUUAAUAUGGAAAGCAUGCCUGAAGAAGUUGCGUUGCUUUUAAAAGAGAAGGCAACAAAGGCACUUGGUUUGACCUGUGCAGAGAGCACUAUAAUCAAACAACUAGGAGACAGGUUUGGCUUCUCCGAAGUAAAACCUAUACGCAGAAAAAAAACUAAAGGACCCAAUCCGCUGUCUUGCAAACGAAAAGCACGUGAGACACCCGCCAUAAUUUUAUCGAAACCUAAACGAAAGCGUAAAAGGAAGCGUAUCAAGGUAACAUGGGCAAUGAAACAAGCUAUAGAAGAACUCAAGUCUAAAGUAAAUGACUGAGACCACUUUUCAUACCAUUUUGCUUUCACAGAAUACACACUUCCUAAUACCUUAUUUUUAUUCUCUUUGGGCUAGAAAGAAUAUAUAUAUGCUGAACAACGUCAGGUGUAACACAAUAAGGCAUGGUAAAUCAACAAAGUUUAUUUCUGACAAAUAUAAAAUAACUAUACAAUAAUGUACAAUUUAAAUACAUAUUCAAAAUCCUAUGUACAUUGAGACUUUAGUUAUUGGUCUGUUUUAGUGAGAGAUCGUAGUUUUAGGAUACGUCAGAUUGGACGCUACGCGUUGCAACUUAACGAUCGGAGCUUUGGCACUGGGGACGUGAUUGGGAAUCAGUCGCACAGCGUCCCCAAUCCGAAUAGCAUUAGGUGAAGUGUGUAUUGAAGGUUGAGUGCUGGGUGAAUGAACGAUAUCAUUGUUUACAAAAUUAUUUUCUGGAGUAGUCAAACGUAUAAGAGGAGUUGUCUUGUUAGUGCUACAAUUAAUCAUUCUUAUCACAGGGAUGCUUGUCCCACAUCUUAUACCAUUAGCUGGUGAUCUAGAAAACUGAGUAAAUUGCUUUGCAUAUACCGUAUUUUGCAAUCCUACAUUAGGGGAUACAUUCAAUGUGCUUGGGAUUUUAGUAGCUGUUUUAAUUUGUACUGUUUCUGUAGGGUGGACGGGAAUUGAGUCGUUCAACAAAGACGACCGAGAUAUUAUUGUGGAUUGAACUGUUAAUCGAGGUCGAAUUUGACAUGCUUCAUACAACUUGGGGGUUUGGGGAAUACUACCAGAAGGCUUGUGUAACUGGGAUACCAUGCGCUCAAACUGCGAUGGUGGUACAAGUGGAUGAGUGAACUGUUGUUGAUAUACCUCACCUGCAAGAAACCCAAUAAUAAUAAAAAUUGUUUUUUAAAUGUUGGUAAAACAAUGUUUUUAUAUACUGUAAUAAUAACAGGAACUAUUUAAUAACUUGGUAUAUACAUGGCGACUAAUACGCCUUGAAGUUUCCUAGGUAAGGUAAUCCUACUUUGGUGAUGAAAAGGCAAGUAGAGGAGAAUAAGUAUAUUCUGUAG